GUCUUCUAGACAUUGAUAUAUGUGGACCCUCCAUCCCAGUCCUCACACAAACAGUAAACUGUGAUGUUAAUUAUAGCAUGAACGGAUGGGUUCCCAUUUAUAAAAAUAAUUUAUCCAUAAUGUCUGUGGGAUAUUUACUGCCAAAUUUUGAUGACCCAGUUAUUUGGAGGGGUCCCAAAAAAAAUGGAUUAAUUAAACAAUUUUUAUGUGAUGUGUAUUGGAAGAGUUUGGAUUUUUUAAUUAUAGACACUCCCCCAGGAACCAGCGAUGAACACCUAACCAUCUGCUCAUAUUUAAAAAAUAAUUUAGAUGGAUGCAUAAUAGUUACUACUCCACAUAUUUUAUCCAUUUGUGACGUUAAGAAAGAAAUCGAAUUUUGCAAAAAAACAAAUAUCCCCAUUUUGGGUAUAAUCGAAAAUAUGUAUCAAUCCGUUUUUGUCUCCAACUACACUGUCGAUAAAAUGUGCGCAGAGAUGAAUGUAGACUAUGCCGGUAAAAUCACCUUUAAUCAGAAGCUUAUUGAUGCUUGUCAGCAUGGGGUUGGUUGCUGUGACUUGGAUGCCUACAGUUCAUCCUCCAAAGAAAUUUUUCAACUAUGCAAGUUUUUCAUUCAGAAAAUUCUACACAAUUGUGUGCAAGUGUUGGACUCCUCGGGAGAAAACACUCAACCAGACCAUUCGACCAACUUUGGUAAUUCCCAGGAUGGGGAGGAGACUCUACAGCAAAAUGGAAAACCUGAUCAGUCGGACUCUUCACAAGUGCAGAUGCUUCGCCAGUUAUUAAAUCAGAUUAGCCAACUCGUUGAGGAGAACCCCCAAU